AUGCCCCUGGCCUUCUGCGGCAAUGAGAAUCACUCGGCCGCCUACCGGGUGGACCAGGGCGUCCUCAACAACGGCUGCUUCGUGGACGCGCUCAACGUGGUGCCGCACGUCUUCCUGCUCUUCAUCACCUUCCCCAUCCUCUUCAUCGGAUGGGGCAGUCAGAGCUCCAAGGUACACAUCCACCACAGCACAUGGCUCCACUUCCCUGGGCACAACUUACGCUGGAUCCUGACCUUCAUGUUGCUCUUCAUCUUGGUGUGCGAGAUCGCAGAGGGCAUCCUGUCUGAUGGGGUGACCGAAUCCCGCCAUCUCCACCUGUACAUGCCAGCCGGGAUGGCGUUCAUGGCUGCUGUCACCUCCGUGGUCUACUAUCACAACAUUGAGACCUCCAACUUCCCCAAGCUGCUGAUAGCCCUGCUAGUGUACUGGACCUUGGCCUUUAUCACCAAGACCAUCAAGUUUGUCAAGUUCUAUGACCACAACAUCGGCUUCUCGCAGCUGCGCUUCUGCCUCACGGGGCUGCUGGUGAUCCUCUACGGGAUGCUGCUGCUCGUGGAGGUCAACGUCAUCAGGGUGAGGAGAUACAUCUUCUUCAAGACGCCGAGAGAGGUGAAGCCCCCUGAAGACCUGCAGGACCUUGGGGUUCGCUUCCUGCAGCCCUUUGUGAACCUGCUGUCCAAAGGCACCUACUGGUGGAUGAACGCCUUCAUCAAGACUGCCCACAAGAAGCCCAUUGAUCUUCGAGCCAUCGGGAAGCUGCCCAUCGCCAUGAGGGCCCUCACCAACUACCAGCGGCUCCGCGCGGCCUUCGAUGCCCAAGCGCAGAAGGACACGCAUAGUCCUCAGAGUGCCCGAGCCAUCUGGCGGGCCCUCUGCCACGCCUUUGGGAGACGCCUGGUCCUCAGCAGCACUUUCCGGAUCUUGGCUGACCUGCUGGGCUUCGCAGGGCCCCUGUGCAUCUUUGGAAUCGUGGACCAUCUUGGGAAGGAGAACCGAGUCUUCCAGCCCAAGACACAAUUUCUCGGGGUUUAUUUUGUCUCGUCCCAAGAGUUCCUUGCUAAUGCCUACGUCUUAGCCGUGCUUCUGUUCCUUGCCCUCCUACUGCAAAGGACAUUUCUGCAAGCAUCCUACUAUGUCGCCAUUGAAACCGGAAUUAACUUAAGAGGAGCGAUACAGACCAAGAUUUACAAUAAAAUUAUGCACCUGUCCACCUCCAACCUAUCCAUGGGGGAAAUGACUGCUGGGCAGAUCUGUAACCUGGUUGCCAUCGACACCAACCAACUCAUGUGGUUUUUCUUCUUGUGCCCAAACCUCUGGGCUAUGCCAGUACAGAUCAUCGUGGGUGUGAUUCUCCUUUACUACAUCCUCGGAGUCAGCGCUUUAAUCGGGGCAGCUGUCAUCAUCCUGCUGGCCCCUGUCCAGUACUUCGUGGCCACCAAGCUCUCUCAGGCCCAGCGGAGCACCCUGGAGUAUUCCAACGAGAGGCUGAAGCAGACCAACGAGAUGCUCCGUGGCAUCAAGCUGCUCAAGCUAUACGCCUGGGAGAACAUCUUCUGCACACGGGUGGAGAUGACCCGCAGGAAGGAGAUGACCAGCCUCAGAGCCUUUGCCAUCUACACCUCCAUCUCCAUUUUCAUGAACACAGCCAUCCCCAUUGCAGCUGUCCUCAUCACCUUCGUGGGCCACGUCAGCUUCUUCAAAGAGGCGGACUUUUCGCCGUCUGUGGCCUUCGCCUCCCUCUCCCUCUUCCACAUCCUGAUCACACCGCUGUUCCUGCUGUCCAGUGUGGUCCGGUCUACAGUCAAAGCUCUGGUCAGCGUGCAAAAGCUGAGCGAGUUCUUAUCCAGUGCAGAGAUCCGGGAGGAGCAGUGUGCUCCCCGAGAGCCCGCGCCCCAGGGCCAAGCUAGCAAAUACCAGACAGUGCCCCUGAAGGUUGUGAACCGCAAGUGUCCAGCCCGGGAGGACUGUCAGGGUCUCAUGGGUCCACCGCAGAGGCUGGCCCCCAGUGCAGACGGGGAUGCUGACAAUUGCUGUGUCCAGGUCAUCGGAGGCUUCUUCACAUGGACCCCUGAUGGAAUCCCCACACUGUCCAACGUCACCAUCCGCAUCCCCCGAGGCCAGCUGACCAUGAUCGUAGGACAGGUGGGCUGUGGCAAGUCCUCUCUCCUCCUUGCCACCCUGGGGGAGAUGCAGAAGAUCUCAGGGGCCGUCUUCUGGAACAGCAGCCUUCCUGACAGCGAGACAGGGGAGGACCCCAGCCCAGAGCGGGAGCCAACAGCUGACGGGGAUGUCAGGAGGAGAGGCCCAGUGGCCUAUGCUUCUCAGAAACCAUGGCUGCUAAAUGCCACUGUGGAGGAAAACAUCACCUUUGAGAGUCCCUUCAACAAACAACGGUACAAGAUGGUCAUCGAAGCCUGCUCCCUGCAGCCAGACAUCGACAUCCUGCCCCAUGGAGACCAGACUCAGAUUGGGGAACGGGGCAUCAACCUGUCUGGUGGUCAGCGCCAGCGAAUCAGUGUGGCCCGAGCCCUCUACCAGCAUACCAAUGUCAUCUUCUUGGAUGACCCCUUCUCAGCUCUGGAUGUUCAUCUGAGUGACCACCUGAUGCAGGCCGGGAUCCUUGAGCUACUCCGAGACGAUAAGAGGACAGUAGUCCUUGUGACCCACAAGCUACAGUACCUGCCACAUGCAGACUGGAUCAUCGCUAUGAAGGACGGCACCAUCCAGAGAGAGGGCACACUCAAGGACUUCCAGAGGUCCGAGUGCCAGCUCUUUGAACACUGGAAGACCCUCAUGAACCGGCAGGACCAAGAGCUGGAGAAGGAGACUGUCAUGGAGAGAAAAGUCCCAGAGCCACCCCAGGGCCUGCCCCGGGCCAUGUCCUCGAGAGAUGGCCUCCUGCAGGAUGAGGAAGAAGAGGAAGAGGAGACGGCCGAGAGUGAGGAGGAGGACAACCUGUCGUCCGUGCUGCACCAGCGCGCCAAAAUCCCGUGGCGAGCCUGCGCCAAGUAUCUGUCGUCUGCCGGCAUCCUGCUCCUGUCACUGCUCGUCUUCUCGCAGCUGCUCAAGCAAAUGGUUUGCGUGGCCAUCGAUUACUGGCUGGCCAAGUGGACCGACAGCGCCCUGACCCUGAGCCCCGUGACAAGGAACUGCUCCCUCAGCCAGGAGUGCUCCCUCGACCAGACCGUCUACGCCAUGGUGUUCACGGUGCUCUGCAGCCUGGGCAUCGUGCUGUGCCUGGUCACAUCUGUCACAGUAGAGUGGACAGGGCUGAAGGUGGCCAAGAGGUUGCACAGGAAGGAAAUCAAUAAACAAAGGAGUAACUUCUUCUGGUUACCUCUUAGGUUUUUUGAGACCACACCCCUUGGAAGCAUCCUGAACAGAUUUUCCUCUGAUUGUAAUACUAUCGACCAGCACAUCCCAUCCACGCUGGAGUGCCUGAGCCGAUCCACCCUGCUCUGUGUCUCAGCCCUGGCCGUCAUCUCCUAUGUCACACCUGUGUUCCUCGUGGCCCUCUUGCCCCUGGCCAUCGUGUGCUACUUCAUCCAGAAGUACUUCCGGGUAGCAUCCAGGGACCUGCAGCAGCUGGAUGACACCACCCAGCUCCCACUGCUCUCGCACUUUGCUGAAACUGUGGAAGGCCUCACCACCAUCCGGGCCUUCAGGUACGAGACCCGGUUCCAGCAGAAGCUCCUUGAAUACACGGACUGCAACAACAUCGCCUCCCUCUUCCUCACAGCUGCCAAUAGGUGGCUAGAAGUCCGCAUGGAGUACAUUGGUGCAUGUGUGGUCCUCAUCGCAGCUGUGACUUCCAUCUCCAACUCCCUGCACAGGGAGCUCUCCGCUGGCUUGGUGGGCCUGGGCCUCACCUAUGCCUUAAUGGUCUCCAACUACCUCAACUGGAUGGUGAGGAACCUGGCAGACAUGGAGAUCCAGCUGGGGGCCGUGAAACGCAUCCAUGGGCUCCUGAAAACUGAGGCAGAGAGCUACGAGGGGCUGCUGGCACCAUCACUAAUCCCGAAGAACUGGCCGGACCAGGGGAAGAUCCAGAUCCAGAACCUGAGUGUGCGCUACGACAGCUCCCUGAAGCCCGUGCUGAAGCAUGUCAACGCCCUCAUCUCCCCGGGACAGAAGAUUGGGAUCUGUGGCCGCACAGGCAGUGGGAAGUCCUCUUUCUCUCUCGCCUUCUUCCGCAUGGUGGACAUGUUCGAAGGACGCAUCAUUAUUGAUGGCAUUGACAUCGCCAAACUGCCGCUGCACACCCUGCGCUCACGCCUCUCCAUCAUCCUGCAGGACCCAGUCCUCUUCAGCGGCACCAUCCGAUUUAACCUGGACCCAGAGAAGAAGUGCUCUGACAGCACACUGUGGGAGGCCCUGGAGAUAGCCCAGUUGAAGCUGGUGGUGAAGGCACUGCCGGGAGGCCUCGAUGCCAUCAUCACAGAAGGUGGGGAGAAUUUCAGCCAAGGCCAGAGGCAACUGUUCUGCCUGGCACGAGCCUUCGUGAGGAAGACCAGCAUCUUCAUCAUGGAUGAGGCCACGGCUUCCAUCGACAUGGCCACGGAAAACAUCCUCCAGAAGGUGGUGAUGACAGCCUUCGCAGACCGUACCGUGGUCACCAUCGCGCACCGCGUGCACACCAUCCUGAGUGCAGACCUGGUGAUUGUCCUGAAACGCGGUGCCAUCCUUGAGUUUGACAAGCCAGAAAAACUGCUCAGCCGGAAGGACAGCGUCUUCGCCUCCUUUGUUCGUGCAGACAAGUGA